CCACAGUCAGUAACGAUAAACCGAUAACAGUCCAGUGAGUGACUAACCGGCGACGGCUCGGCUCGGCUCAUUCCUCUCCGCUACAAUGGCCAGUCUCUGCCUGAACUGGACCAACACCAGAAUGACAGUUACACCCUUGGCCGCUGUUAAAGAUAAUAAUGCGGACAGCUAUAGAGUUGAGCUCCCGGAGAAGGCGAAAAACUCAAGAGUCCUCGUACUAGGUGGGACCGGAAGGGUUGGUGGGUCCACAGCCGUUGCUCUCUCUAAGCUCUGUCCUGAUCUGAAACUCAUCGUCGCCGGCCGGAAUAGGGAAAAAGGUGCUGCCAUGGUGACAAAACUAGGGAAGAACUCAGAGUUUGCUGAAGUCAAUAUAGACGACAAAGGAUCAUUGGAAGCAGCUUUGAAAGAUGUGGACCUCGUUGUUCAUGCUGCUGGGCCGUUCCAGCAGGCAGGGAACUGUAAUGUGUUGGAAGCUGCCAUUCAGACCAAGACUGCAUAUCUUGAUAUUUGUGAUGAUACAAGCUACGCAUUCCGUGCAAAAUCCUAUAUGAAUGAAGCACUGGCUGCAAAUAUUCCUGUAAUAACAACUGGCGGCAUCUAUCCAGGAGUGAGCAAUGUGAUGGCAGCAGAACUUGUUCGCAUCGCGAUGAAUGAGAGCAAAAGUAAGCCAGAAAGGCUAAGGUUCUAUUAUUACACUGCCGGCUCAGGUGGUGCUGGACCGACAAUUUUAGCUACUAGCUUUCUGCUUCUUGGGGAAGAUGUAAUUGCGUACAAUAAAGGGACUGAAAUCAAGUUAAAGCCUUACAGUGGAAUGCUAAGCAUCGACUUCGGAAUAGGGGUUGGCAAGAAAGAUGUUUACCUUUUAAAUUUGCCUGAAGUGAGUACCGCACAUAAAAUCCUUGGAGUACCAUCUGUCAGUGCUCGGUUUGGAACUGCUCCAAUUUUCUGGAAUUGGGGAAUGGUUGCUAUGGCAAAUUUACUUCCAGUGGAAUUUUUGAGAGACAGAAGCAAAGUUCAACAACUAGUUCAAUUAUUUGAUCCACUUGUUCGGGCAGUUGACCAGAUAUCCGGAGAGUGUGUGUCAAUAAGGGUUGAUUUGGAAUGUACAGAUGGGCGGCACAGAGUAGGAAUAUUUAGUCACAAAAGACUCUCCAAAUCAGUGGGAAAUUCAACAGCUGCAUUUGCACUGGCAAUUCUCGAGGGAAGCACAAAGCCCGGGGUUUGGUUCCCAGAAGAGCCUGAAGGAAUCGCGAUUGAGGCGAGGGAAACCCUCCUCAGCCGUGCUACUCAAGGGACGAUCAAUUUUGUAAUGGACAAGGCUCCAUGGAUGGUAGAAACAGCCCCUAAAGAGCUUGGUUUUGGGAUUUAUGGGUGACAUCAUACACCCUUAUAGAGAGAAAAGAACAGAUUGUGUAUAAGUUCCCCAUAGGCCAUAAUUCCAUAAUAGCAUUGGAGGUUUUAGACAUAAUGGCAACUUGGUAGUGUUAUUAUUUACCAAUUAUCAUUCAUACACUUCAUAUUUCAACUUGUAACUUGAGCUUGUUUAAUAAUGGAAAACAUUUUCCAUUUUUGUUUUCUA